AAGGGCUUGUGUUGUAAAUAUAUAAAUAUUUCGGCAAAUCUGGAGCUGUGGUCAGACUUUCACACAUGUAGCUCAUUCAAACAGUUCUCUGGUGAAAACGACGCUUCAGCGGGAUAAAAUAAAAACAUGUCGGUCUCGUCUUUGCUCCUUUCUCGCCUGGUCAGGGUCAGAAAGCUGUUUAAACGCUCUCAGACUUUAUAUUCAGCGUGUGGAGACUCGGCUCUCAGCUCCAGCGGGGUGAAAUGUCACUCAGUCCCGGGACACACGCUGUCAGUGGCCGGCUUGUCCACCAGACACACAGGAGGAGACACGACUGACUGGCUGUGGUCUGUUUACAAUGAGACCAAACAGCAAACUGAAGAUUUAAUCCCAGCAAUCUUGAACAACUUUGUAAAUCCGGACACUAUUUUUGCCAACAACGAGAUGAGCUUGCAGGACAUUGAGAUCUACGGUUUUGACUACGACUACACCUUGGCCUUUUACUCCAGCCACCUUCACACUCUGAUCUUCAACGUGGCUCGAGAUAUUCUUAUCCAACAGCACAGGUACCCAGAUGGCUUGAAGAACUAUAACUACAUUCCUAAUUUUGUGGUUCGGGGGCUGCACUAUGAUGUUCAGAAGGGUUUACUGAUGAAGAUAGAUGCUUUUCAUUACAUCCAGCAAGGAACAGUUUACAGGGGUCUUCACCCUGUACCAGACAAAGAAGUCAUUGCUAUGUAUGAGGGCUCCCAUGUACCUCUGGAAAUCAUGAGUGACUUUUAUGGCAAGAGUUCCCAUGGACACACGAUGAAACAGUUCAUGGACAUCUUCUCCCUGCCAGAGAUGACCCUGUUGUCAUGUGUCAAUGAUUACUUCAUGAAGCACAACAUUGACUAUGAGCCUGUGCAUCUCUACAAAGAUGUCAAGGAAGCCAUAAGAGACGUCCAUGUGAAGGGAAUCCUGUAUCGAGCCGUGGAGGCAGAUAUAGAGAAGUAUAUCUGUUAUGGUGAACAGACCCAUGGGGUUUUAAAAAAGCUUUCAGCAAAUGGAAAGAAAAUGUUUCUAAUCACCAACAGCCCCCUGGAUUUUGUAGAUCGGGGAAUGAACUACAUUGUUGGAAAAGACUGGAGGGACCUAUUUGAUGUUGUCAUAGUGCAGGCUGACAAGCCAAGUUUCUUCAACGACCGUAGAAAGCCAUUCAGACGAGUUACUGAUAAAGGAGUGUUGCUAUGGGAUAGAAUUCAUCACCUGGAGAAGGGGCAGAUUUAUAAACAGGGAAACCUGUAUGAGUUCUUGAGACUCACUGGCUGGAGGGGCUCGAAGGUUUUAUAUUUUGGAGACCACAUCUACAGUGACCUUGCUGACCUGACCUUGAAGCAUGGCUGGAGGACAGGGGCCAUCAUCCCUGAGCUACGCAAGGAGAUCAAGAUCAUGAACACGGAGGAAUAUGUACAUACCAUGACCUGGCUGCAGAGUCUGACCAACCUGCUGGAGCAGAUGCAGGUGCAUCGAGACGCUGCGUCACAGUCAGUGAUUCAGCAGUGGAUCAAAGAGAGGGAGGACAUGAGGUCCCAGGCAAAGAACAUGUUCAACAGCCAGUUCGGUAGUCUGUUCCGCACGUUUCACAACCCGACAUAUUUCUCCCGCCGCCUCUCGCGCUUUGCGGACAUCUACAUGGCCUCCAUUAGCUGCCUGCUCAACUACGACCUGCAGCACACGUUCUAUCCGCGCCGCACACCACUUCAACACGAGGCCCCGUUCUGGCCGGAGCAGUCCAGCACAGCUGCCGUUUAAUACUCCCUUCCAGAACCAAUGCACAGGCUCGGACUAGAGCACGAGUAACAUCUCCUGGUUUUAUUAUAUAGUAUAAAACUUUUAUUUAAUAUACAACAGCAUUGCAGAUGCUGUCAAUAAUUUGGCAGUGGCCCAGUUGAUCUGAGCAGAUUGAUCAGCUACAUACUAGUGUUGAUAGUGAUUGUAGCUAGUGAAGAAACAGACAUCUACUCAAGUAGAGAUGUAGGUUUUACCAUUGUAUUUGGGGGAAAAAAAAAAAGAAGGGUUGCAUGUUUUUCUCAGUAUCUGUUUAAACACUAGGGCUCAGCCGUACUCAGGCUAACAAUCAUGGCACAUGUGACAUAUCGUAGUGGGCUAUUGUCUCCCAUCUGUAAAAUGCUGUAGUGCUUCAGUAUUUUAAGAUGCCAGUACCUUAUUUUUAUAUUUGCAACAUGGUGAAUUCUAUUUGUUUUAGUGUUGAGUGACUUGUCUGGAUACAAAUAUUUUUGGAUUUCCCCCACCAACUGUUUUUAUUGAGUUUUUAUUUAUUUUCUUUUAACCUAGAGAUUUUAAAAUUGGUGGUGAGGGAGUUUAUUUACAUUAUCCACAUCCUCCCUUGUGUAUUUGAUGCGCAAAAAUUAUGUAAAAAUGCAUAUAAAGGUUUCCGAUUCAGACCAACUGUAGAAAGUAGAUGAGGCAUUGUAUGCAUUUAAAUAGCUUUUGUGAUGUUCACUGAUUUAGUAACAGCCUGAUGUUUUUAUACAUAAAAUACUGUAUUCUAUUUUUUUUUUUUUUAAAUCACUUGAACAACUCAUUGACCGUAUGUGAUGUAUCUGGUUAAAGCAGCUGUUGCUCAGUUAAGUGACCAAUAUAUUAUUUGAUGUGAUGUUACCAGCUUUCAAUAUCAGGCAGUAUAAAUAAGUGUAUUGUAAUGUAUUGAAAAGCAUCUUUGCACUGAAUUUUCAUCCUGACAUGACUUAAAUCAUUAGUCCAUUUUUGUAUCUGCACAUAUGCAGAAUUAGUUUGUGUGUAUGUGUGACAAUUAUUUAUAUAUAUAUAUAUAUAUAUAUAUAUUAUUUUUUAAAUGAAUGGAAGUGCACUGAACUGAAAUAAUUGACUACACUAUUCUGUAGCUCUUCUAAUUACACUAUGUUCAGAGUUUAUUGUAUUUGCUUUGUGAUGACCUUUUAUUUGACGUCACUUGUGAUUUAUUAUUUAUUAAACACUUUCAUGGGAUAUUUAUGUAUUCCUAACUUAAGCACAUCAGUAUCAAAAUUGCAGUUUAUCUGUAGUUUACAGUUAAAUUUGUGGCUGUUUUUUUUUUUUUUAUGAUUUACUCUGGAGUUCCUUUCAUUUAAUAAGCUGUACUGAAACUCAGUGUAAGUUGUAUCUGUUUGGAUUUCAGGUAAUAAACAGUACAGCUGCUUUUAUUUUUGUUUAUCAGAGAUCGGAUGAUACCCAGGUUUCCAUUUAUUGAAUUCUAAUUUCCAUUGUGACUAAGUAGGCAAAGUAAGUGUGGAUUAAAUAUGGAAUAAAUCAUAAUACAAGCUACAUAAAUUGCAGGAUGCUCUGAACUGAUUGUUUUCCUACAUCACCAUGUCCCAAUUUGUUUUAUUCUUCUUACACUACAACAAAUUACCAAUGAUUCCAAUUAUUUCGUCAUUAAAGAAUGACACCGUACCUUUUAUCCAUUUACAGUUACAUUUUAAUUUUGUGGAAUGUCCAAAAACAGUUUAUCAUUUGUGUUAUAGUAGCUAUAAAUGGUUGUUCCCUCACCA